UUAGAUCGCUAUAGAAAUUGUGACUGAGUAAUCAUAUUUUUUUUAUUGUUACUAAAAAACAUGUUUAUCACGUUAUCAACAUUACAAAGUCUUCAAAAACUCAUAAUAAUUAAUUACUCUAUUAGUAUUUAAAAAAAAAAUAAUAAAACAAUGGUUUUUACAUGGUGAUUAGACUAGUAAUUUAUUAAAAGAUUUAAAAUGUCAGAGGAGAUUGACAAGACAAAAUGUGAAGAGGAGAAAGAGGACAAAGAGGACAAGGAUGGAGACUUGGACCCAACAGAGCAAUUGCUUGAUCGAUUGCCAGAUUCGGCCACAACAAUGUGGGAGAUACCGCAGAUAUAUGAGUUCCUCUGUCUAGCUAAAUCAAGUCUACACAUUCAGCAUUUGUCGAUGUAUGAAAUGGAGCGGAUGCUCUUGAUACCACGUGUCUCAAAACAGUUAUCGAGCAUCAUGACGUGUCUGUUGAGUCCAUCCUUACCGCGGUCAAAACUUAAAAAAAUACCUCUGAUGCCGUACGAAUUCUGGACAAAUUAUCUGUUAGUUCACAAAGUUGCUCAGUGGUACAAAGUUUACCAGAGCAAAGAACAAGACUCGAUAAAAGUAUUUGAAGCAAUCGGAGUAGAGCCUGAAUUUUGGGAAAUAUUUCCUGAAGUUUCGUCAAUUGGAGAUCGUGAUUUUGAAGAAUUUAAUUUUAAACAACGUGUAUGGCUUCUUAAAACUGUUUGUGAUACUUUUAUGCAUUCGAAAAAAUCUUUGCAAGAAGAAGUGUCCAAUCGAUACUUGGAUGGUGAGAGUGAAAAGUUGUUGGGUCGCGACCGUUACGGUACGCGUUAUAUAUAUUUUCCAAUUUUCCUGGACAAUGAUCUUAGAAUAUACAAACACUGUAUGAAUAAUAAAGUAUUUUUAAAUGUAGUGCCUGUAAAAGCUAAAUUUAAACUUCAGACAACGCGAGUGAGAAAAAAACGCCGGGAAAGAAGACGAACAAACCGGUGGAAAAACGGUAAUUUGCCUACGCGGUCUAGAAAACGCGCGGUAUCUGUUAAAAAAAUAAAUGAUAAUAUAAAUAAUAGUACAAAUAAUGAUAAUGGUAAUGAUAACAAUAUGAUAGAAGAAAAUGAUAAGAAUAUGAUAGAAGAAAAUGAUAACAAUAUGAUAGAAGAAAAUGAUAACAGUAUGAUAGAAGAAAAUGAUAAUAAAGAAGUAAAUAUAAAUAGUAAUGAUAGUAAUAAUAAAAAUGAUGAGUCUAAUGUAGAAUUAAAUGUAGAUGUAAAUAAGGAAGUUGAUGUAUCAAAAGAAGAUGCACCAGUUGAACCAGAGGCUGUAGAGCCGCCAGCGGAGGAUGAGCCAAUAAAACCAGAGGAAACUAACGAGACUGAAGUGAUGACGAGGAUUGACGAUAAACCCCCGGUUGAUGACGAACUAAACGAAUGUUCGGUACGAGACGACGUGUCCAGCAGCUCAAAGACUGAUGAUGAGAAAAUAAAUGAAAUGUUGUCAAGUAACGUGAGUGUGAGUAAAGAAAACAAUUGCACGGGAUCUAAGAGCGACGAUGAAAAGUUGAUCGAAACCCAGACGCAUAGUGACGGCGAUAAUCAACCUGACAAUCAACCGCUCGAUCCUGCUCCGGAAGACGAGAGUAAGGAAAUUAAGUUCAAAGACGAGGAUAACAAUCAAGAGCUGGAUGAUGAUGAGUCUUUGGAAGACAAUUUAUGUCAAAGUGCAGCUGAGGAUGAUAAUAAGACCGGAAAUGUUGAGACUUGUAAGAAAAACAUGGAAAACUUUAAAAAUAUUCUCGCGGAUUUAAAGGGAUCAAAGUUUCAACUGGUUGCUGAUAGUAUUGAUUCUCUCAGGGAUUUAAUUUCUGAUCUUUAUAUCCAAAAUUCAUCAAAACCUCAUCAGCCUGUAAAAUGUGAGAUGCUUUUAAUUAGCAAGAUGCAGGCAUUACUUGACUCUCUUAAAUCAAAGGAGUCGAUACUUAAAGAAUCAGCGGCUUCAUCAAGAGCUAAGCUAUUGAGUGAGAAAAAAAAUUAUGAUCUAGGAAUAACUGAACCUGACGACUCUCUAAUUGAUGGCACCCGUACCUCCAAUUCAUGGGUACUCGGUUCUCAAGGUUGUCCUCUGCUCUCAUACAGCGACACGAUACUCCAGCGGCUGCUACAAGACGAAGAUAUUGAAAAAGAUAAAACUAAAAUAAAAGAAGAAAGCGAUAAAGACGAAUCAGAUAAUGAUACAAGAGAUGAGCCUGAGACGAGAAGAGUAUUAAGAGCUAGAGGAGUUUCUUCAUACAUUGAACCUUUUUCAUCUGAUUCAGACAGUGGGUCAAGUAAUUAUGAAGACUGGGUAGGAUUUGAGUCCGUUGAUCCAGCAACUGGAAUUCACAUAACACCUUCACCUCUCCAAGUGCCCGCUAAAACGCGCCUAGCAAACGAACAGUCAGAUGCGACGGAUUCUGAUAAAGAUUGGAUACUACCUAGUCGCCGUAAGCGAAAACGCAAACGAUCAUCACCCAGCAAACGUUCGAAGCCACCAGCCAGUAAAAUGCAAAAUGUAAGAGCUGACAUGAGUACGCCCGAAAUGACUCCAGAGUUCAAAGACCCGGUCUCUGAUCCUGUCGCGCCGGUACCAGUUCCCGAUCCAAUAAUUAAUAACAAUGGUCUCUUGACUUCUAUUAAAAUUGAAAGCGUUCAUUCGGUGCUGGACAUAAAAGAAGAAGGACCAAUAAUGGACAGUCAACCUGACCCAGUUCCCACUGGGAUGCAGCAAAAUUAUGUAUUAGUAAACACAGGAAAUGGACCAGUAAAUUACGUAGUUAUGCCACCGGAAAAUCCAUCAGUUGUUCCCCAAUCUCCGAUGAUUUCAGUCGUCCCUCAAGUACCCAUGCACUCAGGAUAUUAUAUGCCCAAUCCACCAGGUUAUCUGAUGCCCAAUCCAUCAAUGUCCAACCACAUCCACCCGUACGGCGAGCCCUCAAACCUACAGAUGAAUCAGCACAUGAUAAUCCAGCAGAAUCAAAAUUACAUGACUCCGCAGAAUAAUUACAUGUCUUAUCACCAGAUGAGAGCGCCACCAAUGUGUUCCACCCGGUACCAAGGACCAAUGAUCAAUCAACCUAUCAGAAUAGGAAUGGAACGACCACUACCUCGCGUUGUCCAGAACAGACCAAUCAACCUUCCCCCCCGUCCUCGUCAUCCUGAAGGCGCAGUAAUCAGAAGCACGGUACCCUUCCGGCCCAAUUAUCGUCCAGUAGCACCAGCACCAGCACCGCGACCUCGUCUCGUGGGCCCGCGGAUUCCCAACAGUCAUCAGCAGCCAAGAGCCAACCAACCGCGGCCUAUCAUGCAAAAGCCAAAUCAACCUAAAACCAAGACCACAUCACUUAUUGUUCUCAGUGACAGUGACGAUGAAAUAGAAAUGAUCAUCACUGAAAAACCCACAGCUACUGCAACAACUCCACAGAAAGUUGGACAAAAAAAUAACGCAGUGAUGCAAAAGAAAGUUAUUAAUAAAAAUAAUAAUAGCAAUAACGCUGCUCCAAAAGCUUCUGCCCCCGGUCAGGUAACGAAUAAAAGCGGACUGACACCGCAAAUUAUUGAGCGCAUGAAUCAAGGCGGUAUAUCAAUUACUCCCGUUAAACCUAAAUCACCAGCUAAAACAUCUCCGAUUUCGGCAACCCAACUUGUUGUCGUUGUCAAUGAAACCGGAAGCCAUUACGCACUAGCACUUCCCAAUGGCAGCAAAUUAAUACUCACUCCUGAACAAGUUGCACAGAUACGGGCUUCCAAUGGUGGUAAGCUAAUACUAUAG